AUGGCACGCAUAUCUAUUCCCACUACUGCGCGCCUCCCUUCUACUCUCCGCCUCGACCCCAGCAAUCCAGCGAUCAUCAAGACGCUCAACCGACUCGCUCGUCCGUCUCUGAUCGCUCUUGUCCUCGACUGGCUGGAUGAAGCCAACGCUUCCCUCUGCGCGCCCUAUCUACUUCAUCCCGAGGACGACGACGAUGACGAUGUCGAUCCGGCGGACCUGUACCCGCCCCUCGCCUCUCUAGAGGACCUGCGCGAUCUGUACACCGACAUGCAGACGCGCAAGGGCUCAAAGCGCGAGGUUCUCGACAGGAUAUUGGAAGGUGACUGGCGGCAAGGUCUAACCCUAUAUCAGCUGUCGAUGGCGGACCUGCAGCACCUCUACGACCACCCCACCUCCCUGCAGUGGAGCGCGUAUCGUAUCAUACCCCUCAAGACACCCACGCCGCAGCAGGCAGCCGACAGCGACCACCGGCUCAAGAUGGACACGGACAGUCUCGUCGUGCCGCGUUUCCACCCGUCCACCUUUCUGCAGAACCUCCAGGCGCAGGUUCUGCCCGACGUCAAGGCGCACUACAACUUUGACCGACCAAAGGAUCUGCCUCUCCUGUUGCUGCGGGUGUUCGUCCUGGACUCGCCUUACAAUACGAACCUGGCGACGGCCACAGGCGCACGCGGGAAUAAGGCCACUGCAACUGCCUUUGACGCCAGCAGGACAAUCUACAUCGCGUUCCCGGACGGCAGCCCGUACGUCUACAUCAGCAAGUCGCAGACCAUCGGCGCCGCCACAGCGGGCGAGACCAAGAGCCUGCGCGCGCUGGUGGUCGAGGGCAUACCGAAGGCGCUGUCGCGGCCACGAGAGAGGUUCGCCCUCAAGCGGACCGAUCUCACCACCAAGAAUCUGCGGGAGAUGCUGUACCGGAGAGGACCGGGCAGGACGAACACGGCAGGUGGGGGCUGGGGUAUUUAUGCAGAUGAGAAGAAAAAAGAGAGCCCGCUGGAUGCGGUUCUGCCCAGCCCGCCGCUGAGUGAGGAGGAUGAGCACACAUCAGGUGUCGAGGUGGAAGGCAAAGCGCGCAAGAGGGCAAGAAGUGCUUCACCUGAGACGCGCAGGGAAACCCGCAGGGCAAAGAGGGCUAGAUUGGUGGCGCAGGCGAGGUUUGGCGAUUCCGCCAAGAUUGAUGAUCUCAAGGGCGUGGAGAGAGUUGACAUUGUCAUUGGCGAUCCGUUUCCUACAAGGGCUGAAACGUCAGGAGAAGACGCUGAGGAAGGCGGCGAGGAUGGUGGGUCGCUGCAGGAAAGGUCAAGAGGGGCUCCCCGUCGGCACACGAUGGAAGCUUUAUCUGACCGAACUCGUGAAGAGGAGGAUGACGAAGUUGGAGAUGAGGAGCAAGAGGAAGCAGGGCCCCAGACGUGGCGCCCGAGCGUCAAACUGACCUUUCAUGGGUCGCAUGUUUUUGCUGGAGUCCGACAGCUCGUUGAGGCUGGCAUAAUAGACGGCGAGAAGAUGCCUGGUUGGUUGACAGGGGAAGAGGGCGUCACCAUUGGUGCAGUACGGCAUGGCCGGAUCAGGGGUCACAAGGGCUCCGGCAUAUAGCUACUGUAUGUCUCUCAAUGAAAUCAUGUGGACGACGAUUCAUCAUC